AGAGACCGCUUUCCUGCUCCACUCACUUGAGCGUGGCUGUGCAUGGAAGACGGUUCUCUGCCACUCUUCUCCAGGAACAACUCUUUGUUUCUCACCUCAUUCAGUGGAAAAUACAGAAUCUGUUGAUGCGAUUUAGAGAUCACUUCAAGUUAAGGCGGCUGCGUCAAGUUCAUUUAAAUCCCAGCUUUAUUUGGCUCUGUGGAUAAUCGUGCAGGAUCUGCGGCGGAUACACUGAUACUCACUGCGUGCGGACAGAGGAGCUCAAAGGAUCCGGGGUGGAUGGUUUUAAAUGUUGGCCAGCUUUAUCCCAAUAGUCACUGGACGGAACUAGAAGCUCCUGGGCUCUCCUUCUCCUCUGUUAAAAAACUGAGGAACCAUGUUGUGGGACAAACUGUGCUGGGUAAUGGCCCUGCUGGCCCUAUCAUCCGGGGCGCUGCCCGGCCCCAACGAGCCCCUCUCUGCUCCCAGGAUCUUCCUGUCCUUCAAAGAAUUAAAGUCUACCGGCACCGCUCACACCUUCUCCUUUUUGCUGAACUCUACCGACUAUCGGAUCCUUCGCAUGGAUGAGGACCACGACCGCAUGUAUGUGGGCAGCAAAGAUUAUAUCCUCUCCCUGGAUCUGCAUGACAUCAACAAGGAGCCGCUCAUAAUCCACUGGCCCGUUGUCCCCCAGAGGAAGACUGAAUGUGUCCUGUCAGGGAAAGACACCAAUGGUGAAUGUGGAAACUUCAUCCGUCUGAUCGAGCCGUGGAACCGGACCCACCUGUAUGUGUGUGGAACAGGCGCGUACAACCCCAUCUGCACCUACGUGGACCGAGGACGCAGGUCACAGGGAUCCCACUUCCUACAGGCAGCCAACUCUGGAGGGAGAACAAAUCGGGCAGCAGACUACAGCGAUACAUCAGAGCCUUUGGAGGCGAAGGAAUACAUUUUCCGACUUGAACCUGGUAAAGUGGAUUCUGGAAAAGGAAAAUGUCCUUAUGACCCCAAACUGAACAGCGUCUCUGCUUUGAUCAAUGGAGAGCUGUAUGCAGGUGUCUACAUUGAUUUCAUGGGAACAGACUCUUCUAUCUUCCGUACGAUGGGGAAACAGACAAUCAUGAGGACGGAUCAGUACAACUCCAGAUGGUUAAACGAUCCCACAUUCAUUCACACACACCUCAUCCCAGACAGCGCUGAGAAGAAUGAUGACAAGCUCUACUUCUUCUUCCGAGAGAAAGCCUCUGAGAUGGGCCAGAGUCCCAUGACCCAGUCCAGGAUAGGGCGUAUCUGUCUGAACGAUGACGGUGGACACUGCUGUCUGGUCAACAAGUGGAGCACGUUCCUGAAAGCCCGCCUCAUCUGCUCUGUGCCUGGAGCUGACGGCAUCGAGACCCACUUUGAUGAACUAAGGGAUGUGUAUAUCCAGCCAACACAAGACAACAAGAAUCCUGUCAUCUAUGGAGUCUUCUCAGUGUCAGGAGCUGUGUUUAAAGGCUCAGCGGUGUGCGUCUACUCCAUGGCUGACAUCCGGAUGGUCUUCAACGGGCCUUUUGCCCACAAGGAGGGGCCCAACUACCAGUGGGUGGCGUACACUGGGAAGAUCCCGUACCCACGACCUGGCACUUGUCCUGGAGGCACUUUCACCCCCAACAUGAAAUCCACAAAGGAUUACCCAGAUGAGGUUAUCAACUUCAUGAGAAACCACCCCACCAUGAACAAUGCCAUAUACCCGGUGCACAAGCGCCCCCUGGUGGUCAGAACCAAUGUGGACUAUGAGUUCACCACAAUUGCAGUGGACCAGGUGGCGGCUGCUGACGGGAACUACGAGGUGCUCUUCCUGGGGACAGAUCGGGGGACAGUCCAGAAAGUGAUUGUCCUGCCCAGAGACGACUUGCAGACAGAGGAGCUGGUCUUAGAGGAAGUGGAAGUCUUUAAGGUUCCCACGCCAAUCACCACCAUGAAGAUUUCAUCAAAAAGGCAACAACUGUAUGUGGGGUCGGUCUUGGGGGUCUCUCACCUGGCUCUCCAUCGCUGUGACGUGUACGGAGAGGUCUGCGCUGACUGCUGUCUGGCCAGAGACCCUUACUGCGCCUGGGACGGGAAGUCCUGCUCCAGAUACUCAUCCUCCCAGAAGAGAUCUGACCCCUCUAGACGGAGCCGUAGGCAGGAUGUAAAGUACGGCAAUCCGAUUCGCCAAUGCAGAGGAUAUAACUCCAACACCAAUAAGAAUACCCUGGAGUCUAUGCAGUAUGGGGUGGAGGGCAGCACGACGUUCCUGGAGUGCCAGGCCCGGUCUCCUCAUGUCUCUCUCAAGUGGCAUCUGCAGAAGGAAAACAGCGACAGGAGGAAAGAGAUCCGCUCAGAUGGUCACAUCCUAAAAACGGAGGAAGGUCUCCUGAUCCGCUCUCUGCAGUCCUCUGACAGCGGCAUCUACCAGUGCACGUCCACAGAGAAGAACUUCAAACACACGCUCGUCAAACUGCAGCUUGUGGUCCUCUCCAGUCGCACGGUCAACAACGUGUUGGUGGAUACGGGCAGCCCGGCCCUCCCCCCCCUGCAGUCCAGCGCCUGGACUCCGAGUGCCGGUCAGUAUAAGGACCUGCUGACCAUCCUGAGCCAGCCGGAGAUGGGCCUGAUCAACCAGUACUGCCAGGAUUACUGGCAGCUCGGAGACGUCAGCCUCGGGGACAACAAAGCCAAAAACCUGAAGGAGCUGAAAGAGCAGAAGAAGCCUCGCAACCGUCGGCAUCAUGAUGAGCUAACAACUCCAUCUGAGACAUGAGGAGCUAGAUACACAACUCAUCGUCCUACAGUCUACCUGCUCACUCCUGAAACACUUCAUCCCUCCAUUCAGGGGAUUGACUCCAGUUAGAAAGCUGAUUAUAACGGACAAGACAGAAACUGCAACCAGAAGCAACAGCAUCAAACUGUUUCUAUGUAACUGUUGGAACAAAAAUACAUUAUUUAUUGUAGGUUGUAAAAAGUAAUUCUUUGUACCUAUCUAGUUUUUUUUGUGAAUAGGUACAUUUGUGCAAAUAUUGUUGUUAUUAUAAUAUUAUUGUUAGUGUUAUUGUUUAUUACGAUGUGUUAUUAUGUUGAGAAUAUCUUUAUGUUUGGUGUUUUUGAGAAACAGCAACAAUAACCCAGGACUUUGGGAGGAUCCACACAUGGACAAGGACCGAUGAACCAGAAACUGUUACAGGUGACCAUGUUGGAUCACUUGACUGCUGGCAGUAUUCAGUGUCUCAGCUGGAAGUCGAGGCGCUGGUUCAGUGAAAUCAAACUUCCCUAAACUUCUUCACCAGAACCAUCGACUGUAUACCAGACAGUUUUCUUUACUGCAAAAACAAGCUGUGGACAUACUGAUAAUGGCAUUUCUUGGGACAGGCAAUGAUAAAAAGAAAUGACGACAGUGAGAAUGCAGCUGUGAUAACAUGUCGCACACAUAAAGUAAGACGUCUCUCCGUUCCUGUCUGUGGUCCAGCCUGGCCUCAGGUUAUGGAGUUACAUCAUCCACCCAAAUUCUUCAGAAAAUCAGUUGCUGCCAAGUGUUUGUUUUGUUUGUAUGUGAAUAUCACAUCUCAAUGUUGUAUCCUUAACAAACGUGAUCUUUGUGAUAAGCUGUUUUUUGGAGGAAAAGGGUCCUUUAACGACUAAAAAUAUAAUAUUGCCUUUUCUAUUCUCAUCUGAGAAAAGAAAUUCCAGCAGGCAGCUAUGUGACUUUGUGACAGUUUGUGAUAAAAACAUUUUUAGAGACAAAGCACCUUCUGUUGCCAAACAAACGGUACAUAUUUCACUUGUAUCUGUGGCAUAUGCAGUAUAUUCAUAUAAGAAAGAGCAUGUCAUUUGUAUGCUCAAAGGUUGUUUUUCUUUAGCUCCUAAUGAAUCUAAAGUUUGCAUUCCUGCCAGUUUCAUUCUAGAUAAGGAUUUCACAAAGUGAAUAUUAAUCAUGUAAUCAGUCUAUACUUUAUAUUUGAUUACAACAACAACAAUGCAGAAUGCAGAGCUCUGAAAUGAGCAUUUUAUUGCUUCUGUAUUUUCAUUUUAACUGGUUAACAACACAGCGCUCCUUUUUUAUCAGUCAUGCAGUGCCAUCCUGCUUUCAUAUGUGCCACAGACCUAAGAUAAAACUUCCAUACAAUGAAAUUAUAAAAAAGUGUCACAAGAACAACUCCAAGCUGUUCACCACAUAACCUGAAGAGAAACGCGUAACAAAAUCUUCAGAAGGUGGCUUUUCAUUGUGCAUGGCAUGUACAGUGUAAUGUAUAUGGUAUUUGUCUAAAAUGCUACGUUGCUGUGGAUGUCAGUGAAUGUCUUUCUCGUUGUGGGAAUAUGGAAACACUAUCAGAAGAUGCUGAAAGAUAAUGAUUUUAAAUUCUCUCUUUCUCUCUUUCUCUCUCUGUACGUCUCUUAGUCUCCUUUUUCGCUCGCUCUCUCUUCUCAGAAAUGUGCAUAUUUCAAACAUGUGCAUUCAUUUUAUUUUCUCUGUUUGGCAGACUUUGCUCUGGCUCAUUGAGGUAGAGUAAUGUAUGAUAUAAUGCACAGUUGAUGUUAUUUUAAUGACUUUUUAAAAAAAAGUGCUAUCUUUUCUUCCUCAUCAAUGUUGCUGACUAAUAAAUUAAAGCUCUAUAUUUUAUAAUAACAGAGGUUCUGUUUGAUAUAUAGUCUGCAGGCCCUUUUGUGUGAUAUGUAAAGACAUUGAUUGAUCGUUGUUUUACUGAUUUGCAGUGGUGAAAGUAUACAGAUCCUUUAAAUAAGUAAAAAGUAGCAGUACCACAGUGUAAAAUAAUUCAUUUCAAGUAAAGGUCCUCCCUUAGUUAGAAAUGUCGCUUACUGUAAAUAAAAGUAUGCAAGUAUUCUCAGCAAAAUGUUCUUAAUUAAAACAUAAAAGUAUACAAUGCA